AUGCCGCCUAGACGUAAGAACGGUGGCCAACGCCGCAAGGCCGGAGGGGCUGGUGCUGCUGCUGCUGCUGCUGCUGCUGCUGCUGCACCUGCUGCUGAUACUGCUGCUGAACAGCAGCAAAUAGCAACAAAUGAGAGACCAGAAGAAGUACCAAAAGGAUCUGAGGGUCUCGAUGCUGCUGCUGCUGCUGCUGCUGCUACUGAGUCAAUAGUCGAGCAGCAGCAGGAGCAGCAAGAGCAGCAACAGCAGGAACAGCAGCAGGAAGAGGAACAAGUUGCUGCAGAGAGCAGAAAGGAAGAAACAGAAGCCAAGGAAGAACAGUCAAGCAGCAGCAGCAACAGCAGCAGCAGCAGCAGCAGCAGCAGCAGCAAAACAGAGAAGGAAGAUAAGAUAACAGCUGAGGAGAAGGAGGAGGAAGGUGACGAGCAGCAAGAUGAGAAGGAGAAACAGCAGCAGAAGCAGCAAAAAGAGCAGAAGCAGCAGCAGCAGCAGCAGCAGCAAGGUAAGGAGGAGGAAGAUGAUAAGAGCAGCAGGACAAGCACAGAGGAAGCAUCACAAGGAGAGACAGGAGACAGUGACAAUGUAACACAAGAGGAGACACCUGAGCCAACACCUACAGCAGCAGCAGCAGCAGCAGCAGCAGAAGAAGAAGAAGACACAAAGACUGCAGCAGAUGAUGAUAGACUGCCACCUAUUACUAUACAUCUGCCGCAGCAGCAGCAGAAGCAAGAAGAACAGCAGCAGCAGAAGCAAGAAGAGCAGCAGGAGGAACAGCAGCAGCAGCAGCAGCAACUCAAGGAAGAGAAGAAAGAAGAAGAAGAAAAAGAGCAACAGCAACAACAGCAGCAAGAAGAGCAAGAGACAGCAGCAGGAGAAGAAACAGCAGCAGCAGCAGCAGCAGCAACACCUGCUGCUUCUGUUGCUGGUGGAGAUGCAGCAGUUGCAGAUGAACGAGAAGAGCAGCAAGAAGAUUAUUCUGCUGCUGCUGCUGCUGCUGCUGCUGCUGCAUUUGAUGAUAUACCAUCGGGUGCAUGCAACAGGAGCAGCAGCUGCUGCUGCAGCAGCUGCAGCAGCAGCAACAACUCCCCGCCUCCUUCCCCUGAUCUCUGCUGCUUUGGUGAUGCUGUAAGUUAA